UCACGUCAACUCUUGUUGGGGAGAAAAUCAGUAGUUCUAGUGUGCACAAAUCAAACAAGAAAGUCGCCAAUGAAUUAAUUGUAUAAAUAGUGGCGCAAUAAUUUAUUUAACUAAUAAAUAAUUUAAACAAAUAAUAAAAGUGCCUUUUGAUAUUUUAUAAGUGAUAAAAUAAUUAAUUAUAUUUGAGAUAAAACUAUAAUUAUCUGUUUGAUAAAUUUAUAGGUUAUUAAUGUAUGUCAAUAAUCUAAAAAAGUUUACAUCACAUUAAAUUUUUAUCAACAAUAAGCUGAAUAAUAAUUAAAAACUGAUUAUUGUCAUUAUUUAUUAAUGACAAAUAAAUUUAAAAAUGUUAAAAUCAAGAAGAUUUAUAAAAUACGCAGUGAUAGGAGCAGCAAGUGUAGGAACUCUGGUAUCCUGGAGAGCAAAUGCGUAUGACAUUGGAUCAAUUGGUAUUGUACGUCUAAGUAGAGCUGCUGUAAAAGUAUUUAUCAUAGGAUCUCAUUACAAAAAAGCACUUUACGAUAGUAAUUUAGAAAAAUCAUCACCAGAAUAUACAAAAGCUAAGUCAGAAGCACAUAUAUUUGGAGCACAAAAACUCCUGGAACUUUGCUGUGCCAACAAAGGAGUUUAUAUUAAAAUAGGACAACAUAUAGGAGCUUUAGAUUAUUUAUUACCUACUGAAUAUGUUACGACAAUGCGAGUUCUACACAGUUCAGCUCCUCAAUCUCCAUUUAGUGAUGUUCUAACAGUUCUUAAAGAAGAUUUUAAAAAAGAUCCGUAUGAAAUAUUUGAGUCAAUUGAACCAGAACCACUGGGAGCUGCCAGCUUAGCACAAGUGCAUAAAGCAACAUUAAAAGAUGGUAGAGUUGUUGCUGUUAAAGUUCAACAUCGUGCUGUAAAAUCUAAUUCUUAUGUUGAUAUCAGGACAAUGGCUGCGUUAGUUAAAAUAACAUCAUGGAUAUUUCCCGAGUUUAAAUUUGAUUGGCUUGUUGAUGAGACUAAGAAAAAUAUACCACGUGAAUUAAAUUUUACUUGGGAAGGUAAAAAUGCUGAACGAUUAAAAAAUUUAUUUUCACAUUACAAAUGGUUAAGAGUACCUGAAGUUCAUUGGGAUUUAUCAUCAUCACGUGUACUAACGAUGGAGUUUGUUAAAGGAGGACAAAUAAAUGAUUUGAAAUAUAUACGCGAUAAUAAUAUUAAUCCAUAUGAAGUCAGUAGUAAAUUGGGUCGCUUAUAUAGUCACAUGAUAUUCAUAACGGGCUUUGUACAUUCAGAUCCACAUCCUGGUAAUAUUCUUGUUAAAAAAACUGAUGAAAAUGAUGCUGAAUUGAUAGUACUUGAUCAUGGUUUAUAUGCAGAAUUGACAGAUGAAUUUAGAUGGUCAUAUUCAAAAUUAUGGCUUGCAAUACUUGAUCGUGAUAAAGAUGCCAUGAAAAAAUAUUGCGGUCAACUUGGUGUUGAAGAUAUGUAUGGUUUGCUAGCCUGUAUGGUAUCAGGUAGAACUUGGGAUGCUGUUAUGGCUGGUAUUGAAAGAACAAAAUAUAGUUCCGAUGAAAAAGUACAAUUUCAAACAGAAGUACCUAAUUUAUUGCCACAAAUAAGUGAAAUAUUAGAAAGAGUUGAUCGACAAAUGUUACUUGUACUUAAAACAAAUGAUUUAGUACGAAGUAUUGAACAUACAUUAAAAACAUCAUCAAGAAUGUCCGCAUUUAUGGAGAUGUCCAGGUGCUGUAUAUGUUCACUUUAUGAUGAACGUCUGAGACACAGUACUACCAAGUGGUCUCAGUGGAGUAUAUUAAUUGCAAAACAAUUUGCAUUAUGGAAAUUAUCUAUUUAUUAUACGUAUUUGGGAAUGGUUAAUUUUAAUUUGCUAAAAAGUGUUGAGUCUUUGUGGACUCAUGACUUUUAUCCAUUUUAAUGAAUUAAUGUUUUAGAUAAAAAAUUUUUUUUAUUUAUUUUUAGAGGAUUUUAUUUUCGUAAAAAUAUCAUUCAUCUUUUUAUUAAUAAUCGAAUCAUUCAAUUCAAUCGUAAUGUGCUAAUACAAAAUUUAUUUACAAUUAAAAUUUUUUUUUAUUACAAUUGUAAAUAAUAACAAUCAUUAUUGGUGCAAAAUGGUCUACUUAUCGCUAAUAAAAUACCUACACAGUUUUACUAAUUGUAAGUAAAAAUAUGUACGCUUAUACGUAUGCUAAUAUCCCAAAAAGAUGUCACUGUUUGUACGCAGGAAUCUACGUCAUACUUACGCUAAAGCAAAGAUAUAUUACAGAUACUUUACCAGAAAAUGCUAAUAAUAAUAAUAAUAACAACAAUAAUAGUAAUAAUAUUUAUAGAUGAAUGAGUAAUGAAAUAAACAAAUCUGUAAGAUAUGUGUCAUAAAUACAGUCCUAUAUAAGAUAAAUGUAUUUUUUUGUUUUUAUUUAUUUAAUUAAUAUUUUACAUGUAAAGUCCUGAUUUUUAUUUUGUAUACUGCGUAAUAAAUAACAUUUUUUAAAUAAAGCUUGUAU